CGAGAACUCUGAAACGCAACUGGUGGUGAUUCUCGCGUUUCUCUCGUCUUCUCUCCGUCUUUGACACCUAAAGCUCGCAAAUCUGCUUCACAGUUCGUCGAUUUCUCAGCCAGAAAAGUAGCCAUCCUUGAAGCAAAACAUAGCUCAUUCGGCUGUUCAGGAACUUGGGAAAUUUGAAUGAUACAGAUACACGACAGGCAUGGAGUGCAACAGAGACGAGGCAGCAAGGGCAAAAGAAAUUGCAGAGAAGAAGUUCAAAAUGAAAGACAUUGCUGGGGCCAAGAAAUUCGCCUUGAAAGCUCAGAGUCUGUAUCCUGAGUUAGAAGGUAUUUCUCAGAUGUUAGCUACUUUCGAUGUGUAUAUCGCUGCAGAAAACGAGGACGUGAACUGGUACGGGAUACUCAAUGCAAGUCCGCGCGAUGAUAAUGAAACGUUGAAGAGAAAGUACAGAAAGCUUGCUCUAAUGCUACACCCCGAUAAAAAUAGCUCUGUAGGAGCUGAAGGAGCAUUCAGGCAUGUAGCUGAAGCUUGGAAAUUCCUGUCAGAUAACGAGAAGAGAGCAGCUUAUGAUCGUAAGAAGAGUUUGAACACAAUGUAUCAGAAGGUUUCAGUGUCAUCUGCUAAUAGCGGCUUCUGCAAUUUCACCAAGACUAACUUUACUUCGAAUGUGAGGACGACGACCCAGAGACCCAAUCCGCCGACCCAAAAGAACAAUCCGCCGACCCAGAAGAACAAUCAGCAGACCCAAAAGAACAAUCCGCCGACCCAGAAGAACAAUCAGCAGACUCAGAUGAACAAUCCGCAAAAGCCGGCUGGUAAUACACAAAAAACAGGACGGAGUGUUCAUCAUCAGACAACAGCACCAAGCUCAUUUGCUGCAUCUGGAUCAUCUGAGGAAUCAAAGUUGAAUACUUUCUGGACAGUCUGCAGGAGAUGCAUGAUGCAGUACGAGCAUCUUAGAAUCUAUGUGAACUGUAACCUUCUGUGUCCCAAUUGUCUACAGUCGUUUAUAGCAAUGGAAGUCCCUAAACCGGGUAUGUCAAACCGUUGGAGUAGCUCCAGCCGACUAAACCGAAAGCUUGAUCCAAAACCAGCUGCAACCCACGAUACUACUUCAGGGGUAUUUAAUAACUCCAAGUGGACAUUCUCAAGAGCCAACAGUGCAGCCCAUGCUGCAUGUGUGGUUCAAAAGGCUUAUGAGAAAGUGAAGAAAGACCGUGAAGAGGCAAAAGCAAACGCGAGAAGAGGAAAGAAGAAUGCCAAAAGGAAGAGCACUAAUGAUUCGUCUGCUGCUAUUAGUUCUCAUAAAAAUAGGAAAGUUAUAGGAGAAACCGAUAACAAUGGUUGCUCUGGUGGAAGAGGUGUCGCUUACUAUAUGACUGGUGAAACAGGAACAAACUUGGUGAAGUUACAUGAAACCAAAGAGAAAGCAGAUAAGAUUAGCAAGGAGCGUAAAAAGGCGCGUUAGCAAUCUGAAUCAGUGGAGGCAUAAUUGUGAUUGAUUGUGUUUGUUAUAUAUCAUCUGCAGGCUAUAACCAACAGAUUACUAGGAAAUAAUUUGUAAGUUGGUCAUUUGGUAAUCUAUUGGUUUCUAACAUCGUAGAGAGAGAUGAAUCUUUUUGAGUAGAGGACACAAAACUGCCUUCUUAACAUUUUAAGACAGACUCAGUGUUGUGUCAAAGUGGUUGUUGUAGCAAAAAGUUAACUUGGUUUCAUCAUGACUCUAGUAAAUGCUCUGCUUUAGUGCCCUAAUUAAA